AUGUCUCUCCUGUUCGGUGAGAAGAAACCUUGGCGUGUGACGUGGAGGCUGGUGGUGCUUGCGAUAGUCUCUGUGCUAUGUCUGCUGUCGCUGAGUACAAUACCGGAUGUAUACGAGAGGACAAUAUCCACAUCGCGCAAUACUACCUGCGAGACUGAGGGUUCGCACGACAUGUCUUGGAAGAACCGCAAGACGUUAGCACACAUGGUGAGUAAUUUCAGGAAGAUGGAUUACAAACAGUUCAAAUUUGUCAACUAUCUGGGGAAUCGUCCCAUACCAACGGAUAUAGAUGAGUUGCAAUCGUGCAAACAUAUAGAACAUGAUGCCAUGCUAGAGCAUGGUAAUGUCACGUACCCCAUUAGACCCAAUUUUAAAGUAUUUAAUGAAAUAAUCAAAAAUACCAACGCAAGGAUAUAUAAGUUCCUGGAAGGUAUGGCGGGAGAUGAGCCCAUAGAAUCAACGUUCAAGAAUAAGUGGUUUAUGUUCGGAACCACCGCAGAAUGGCUAGAGCAAGAACAAUGCUAUGUUGCCUUCAGCAGAUUAAUCAUAUCUAAGGGAAGGAACAGAGCACACCCGUCAGUAUCGUUGAUUACCGCCCAAGCAUUUGAUAAAGAUUGGAAUGAGCUGUAUGGAAAACGUAUCAAGUACCUAGAUGUAGAGACACCAGAAGAUUUCGAGGAACAACUGAAAGCCAUAGAUGAGAAGUAUAACGUUGAAGAGGAUUGCUAUACCAACGUAGAAGAAGGUGGUAUAGAGUCAAACCAAGAAGCCGAUACCAACUCUUGUAUCAAGAAUAGAGAAGAGAGAGCAAUGCUAGCAGAGGAGGAGAAACAGGAACUUACUGAUAAAUAUUUUAGAGUCUACCCAACAAUUCUAGAUAUCCCAUUCAAAAACAAAGGGAACUUGGACUUUAUGGGUCCUGAAGACCCAAAGGUAAUUGUUAGGACGAAUACAGAUGGAAAGCAAGAACCUCUAGUGGCAUACAACAUGAAUGAUAAAAACUAUGAUAGAAGGUUGAUGUUUGUGAUACUACCGCACAGGAAAAUCAAUCCUAUCGUGCCGCUAGUCGACAAAACAUUCUCCAUUUCUGGAACACAAAAGAAUUGGACUCCAUUCUUUCAUGAGGGUGAUGCUUCCUCAGAUGGAUCCCGUGGGUUCGUUCAUGUGAUUCAAUACAUGAUUCCUACUACAAUAUUGCGCUGUUCUCUUGAUGACGGAAGGUGCAUCUUUGUGUUUAAGGCAAACGAGAUAGACAGUCUCAAGAAGGUUGAAUUCAAGGAUUUGAGAGGUGGGUCCUCAUUUAUCCGAGUGCCACAAGGUAUACCUGAACUAGAUGGUCGGAAACUCUGGGUUGGCAUGAUCAAGAGCCAUAUAAAAAAAUGUGGUGGGGCUACUGAUUUCUAUAGACCACAUCUCGUUAUAAUGGAAGAGAAAGACGGUAAAUACAAUCUACUGUCUCUAUCCAGUGCUUUACAUUUUGACCGGGAAGUGCUAGGAUGGGACAGAGAGACCAGUUUUAUGGUUCAUGUCAACGUCAUGUCCCCGAACUCCAUUUCAUCAUGGAACAUUAUAUCGCAUGAUCACGAAAACGAUUCAUACGAGGAUUACAUGGAGCUGUCCUUCAGUGAAUCUGAUUGCACUAGUUACAUUCUGACUGUGAGAGGGGUCCUUGACUAUAUUUUAAAGAUAUUGCGGGAUGGUUCCGACGCCAAAUUCCUAGAUUGGAAUGCUGAUGAUUUGGCUGCCAAGGUCGGUAAACCUCCAAAAUGCGUAUGCUCACAUUUGAGAGAACACUGCGACAAGUAUGGAGCAGAACGAGUUCCCGACAGGGAAAUCCCUUGGGUUAGUUGA